GCCCGCGCCUCCCCGCGCGUAGGUGUGCGGCGCGCUCCUGGCGAGGACGGAGCGAGCAGAUCUCGCGUGCGCUCGCCGCCAGGCGCAGCCCAGCCCGGCCCCCGCCUGGCGCCGCGAGCCGAGGUGUCUCCCGCGCCCGCGCCCGUGUCGCCGCCGUGCCCGCGAGCGGGAGCCGAAGUCGCCGCCGCCCGAGCGCAGCCGAGCGCACGCCGAGCCCGUCCGCCGCCGCCAUGGCCACCACGGUGACCUGCACCCGCUUCACCGACGAGUACCAGCUCUACGAGGAUAUUGGCAAGGGGGCUUUCUCUGUGGUCCGACGCUGUGUCAAGCUCUGCACCGGCCAUGAGUAUGCAGCCAAGAUCAUCAACACCAAGAAGCUGUCAGCCAGAGAUCACCAGAAGUUGGAGAGAGAGGCUCGGAUCUGCCGCCUUCUGAAGCAUUCCAAUAUCGUGCGUCUCCACGACAGCAUCUCCGAGGAGGGCUUCCACUACCUGGUCUUCGAUCUGGUCACUGGUGGGGAGCUCUUUGAAGACAUUGUGGCGAGAGAAUACUACAGCGAGGCUGAUGCCAGUCACUGCAUCCAGCAGAUCCUGGAGGCCGUUCUCCAUUGUCACCAAAUGGGGGUCGUCCACAGAGACCUCAAGCCAGAGAACCUGCUCCUGGCCAGCAAGUGCAAAGGGGCUGCAGUGAAGCUGGCAGACUUCGGCCUGGCUAUCGAGGUGCAGGGGGACCAGCAGGCGUGGUUUGGGUUCGCUGGCACACCAGGCUACCUGUCCCCUGAGGUCCUUCGCAAAGAGGCGUAUGGCAAGCCCGUGGACAUCUGGGCAUGUGGGGUGAUCCUGUACAUCCUGCUCGUGGGCUACCCACCCUUCUGGGACGAAGACCAGCACAAGCUGUACCAGCAGAUCAAGGCCGGCGCCUACGACUUCCCGUCCCCCGAAUGGGACACCGUCACUCCUGAAGCCAAAAACCUAAUCAACCAGAUGCUGACCAUCAACCCUGCCAAGCGCAUCACAGCCCAUGAGGCCCUGAAGCAUCCGUGGGUCUGCCAACGUUCCACGGUAGCCUCCAUGAUGCACAGACAGGAGACUGUGGAGUGUCUGAAAAAGUUCAAUGCCAGGAGAAAGCUCAAGGGAGCCAUCCUCACCACCAUGCUGGCCACACGGAAUUUCUCAGUGGGCAGACAGACCACCGCUCCGGCCACAAUGUCCACCGCGGCCUCCGGCACCACCAUGGGGCUGGUGGAACAAGCCAAGAGUUUACUCAACAAGAAAGCAGAUGGAGUCAAGCCCCAGACGAAUAGCACCAAAAACAGUGCAGCCGCCACCAGCCCCAAAGGGACGCUUCCUCCUGCCGCCCUGGAGCCUCAAACCACCGUCAUCCAUAACCCAGUGGACGGGAUUAAGGAGUCUUCUGACAGUGCCAACACCACCAUAGAGGAUGAAGACGCUAAAGCCCCCAGGAUCUCUGACAUCCUGAACUCUGUGAGAAGGGGCUCAGGAACCCCAGAAGCCGAGGGCCCCCUCUCAGCGGGGCCCCUGCCCUGCCUGUCUCCGGCUCUCCUAGGCCCCCUACCCUCCCCGUGUAAGUAGUGGCCCCAGGCCUGCCGCCUCUGCUGCCGGACAGCUCCCUGCGAAUGGCCGGCGCUUAGCAGCUUCCCACCUGCCUGCACGGCCCAGCUAACCUUCCCCCGGCGCCGCAGCCUGGCGUCCUGCCCUGGUGGGGCUUCCUGUGGGCUCUCACCCUAACCAGCAGAGCAGCUCCUGGCUUCUCCCUUAGGGGCCCAGCCCCUUACACGGUUCCUGCUCCCACUGCUACUCCCCGCUCGCUGUCCAGCCCCAGGCCCCUCCCAAAAGGGUCUGUCUGGCCCCCCUGAGGCCCCCCAUGUCCCUAGACCCUCUCUGCUCAUCACUGUCCCAGCCCCAGACUUCACACCCACCCAGGGGCCCUGCCCAUGGUGCCCAGGAGCCUGCACUCAGGGCCACCCUGGUUCCUGAUGUGACCCCAACCCCUGAGUGCCCUUCCUCAGUCUAGGGGGCUGAGGAAGGUGCCAGAACUGAAACCCCAGCCAGGGUCCCUGGGGCUCACGAACAAGGGGAUAGUAUGGACAAUCAUAAGCCUGGGCUCCGCUGACCUGGGCUGUCCUCAUGGGGCCAGGCCAGGCCUCCUCUGUACCGCCCGUGACUCCCACCUCUCCCUGUAACCCUGUCCAGCGUUCCUCAAGGGCCACUUACCUGACAGCUUCUUGCUGGCCAGCAGCCUCUCCCUGGAGUGUGCCCUCUGCCCACAGCAGCUUCAGCCCAUGCCACCCGACAGCCAGAGCGUCUACCCUUCACUCCUGCAGCCUCCUCUUCACGCACCACGCUGUCCCCAGCAGCACCCUCUGUCCUCCUGUCUCCCUCUGUCUCCCCAUAUCCCCCUUGGUCACCCUACAACCUCUCUACCCACUUCCGUCCCCCUAAGUUCACCCUCUAUCCCUACAUCCUCCUCUGUCCCCCAAAUUCCCCUCUUUCCCUCAUGUUUCUGUUUUCCUCCCCAAACUCCACUCUGUCCCUCACAUUCUCCCUCUGUCCCCCACACCCCUUC